UACAGGAAGCAGUGGAAGUAGACCUUGGAAGGCAAUGACCUACACAUAUUUUGAAUAUGUCAAGGACAAUAAAGAGCAGUUCAUGGAGAAUCACCAUCCUGUUAAUUUUGCAACAUCAACAAGCAGUACAAUCUCAGUUGAAACUCCUAAUACAAACUCCUCAAGGAGGAAAAAAGACAAAAAAGAACAACUUGCAAAAGCCCAGAAACGUAAGCUGGCAGAUAAAACAGAUCACAAAGGUGAACUUCCUCGGGGUUGGAACUGGGUUGAUGUCGUCAAGCGUUUAAGCAAAACUGGCUCUAAAGAUGAUGACUAGUGCAUGGAAUUUGAGACAAGAAAAAAAGAUUCUUUACAAAGUAAACUGAAUUCACAAUCCUUCAUUACUAUUUUACGGUAUUAAGGUGGCUUUUAUAAAACAAUUUUUUGUAUGUUUCCUACAUUUAAAAUGUUGUAAGCUGAAAGUUCAUGAAGAGAGCUGGUUGUAUUAAA